CAACUUGAGGGAAGCGGAUUGCCUAGGCAUGCAGUCUAGACGGUCUGCGAGGAGGCCGCAGGACUCGUAGGCUUACUCCAGCUCUGAAAGGCGCGCUUUACGUGUUCAGUGAUAACUAGUUCCCGAGUGACUGAUAGUUUCGAACACUCGUUCAGAGGUGCCUCCAAUCAGCGGGAGCGGCCGCGUGCGAGUAAUCGUACACUAGUCAAUAUUAGCCGCUGCCGCGGCGAGUAGCGUCGUUAACUUUUACAUCCUAGCACCUGCGAUUACUCGCUUCAAACAGCACCUGAGCUUCUAGGGAAUGCCGGCGCUGCCCGUUGCCCUCUGAGUCCGGCAGAACACGUGGCAAGCUGAUCGCGCCAGCAGGGACGUGAUCUGACCGGGGGAUUGCGUGGCAAAACACUGCUUUCGCCAGCACCGGAAUCGACUUGAAUUAGGGGGAGAAAAUUGGGUGGAGAGAGGCCGAGAGCAAUGGAUCCGGUGGUGGUGGAUUGCGGAUCGGGCACGUUCAAGGCGGGCUACGCCAACCCUGACGCCGACCCCCCUGUGAUUGUUCCCAAUCGUUUCGUGGCAGCGCCAGGAGAGAGCCCAGCCACCAAUGGCGUGGGAGACAGCAACAGCGGUGAAGGAGGGGGGAGGGUGGUGGUGGGGGUGGAGCGCGGGCGGGUGGUGGACUGGGGAGUGAUGGAGGACGCGUGGCGCUACAUGCUUUACGAACAGAUCGGGUGGGAGGAGGGCGGCGAAGGGGCUGUGCUGCUGUGUGAGCCCAUCCUCACCCCCAGAGCCGACAGGGAGCAAGCAGCGCAGAUUCUUUUCGAGUCCUUCAGCUGCGCGGGCUUCUUUGCAGCGGAGCAACCAGUGCUGGCGCUCUAUGCUCUCGGGCGCCUCUCCGGCUGCUGUGUGGACCUGGGCCAUGGCAAGACAGAUUUCUCGGUAGUGCAAGAAGGAGCCUUGGUCCCUUCUUCUGCUCGUCGCUGGCCGAUAGGCGGCUCCGAUCUCUCAGAGCGAAUCCAACGGCUGGUAUUGGAGGAGAGGCAGAGAGGGGGAGGGGCAGAAAGGGGAGAGGGAGAGGAGGAGAGGGGUUUGCUGACAGGUGGCGGCCUCUCAUUGGACGCUGUUGCGCUGGAGAGGCUCAAGGAGGAGGCAUGUGAGGCGGCGUUGGAUGAAAAUAGUUUUGCAGCUGCCCGCGCUGUGGAGGAGAGGAAAGAGUUCGUGCUGCCUGACGGGCAGCGCAUCUCUCUUGGGCCGGAGCGCUGGGACAUUGCAGAAGCGCUCUUCCGACCCUCCCUUCUCACCCAUUCGCCUCUCUCACCACCUUCCCUUGAGGCCUCCUCAUUGGCCGGGCCCGAUUCGGCCGGCAUCGUCCGGCAGCUUCUGAGUGUGGUGAUGGACGGAGCAGGGCUAGGAGGGGGCGGAGGAGGGGGUGGAGCGUUGGGGGGAGGGAUGGGAGGGGUGGGCGGGGGAGGAGGGUUGGGAGGGGGAGCAGGGGGGAUGGGGCUGGAAGGGGGAAAGCAGCGAGCAGCGUUGGAAUCGAUCGCUGUGGUGGGGGGAGGGUCGAGCCUGAAGGGGCUGCUGGAUCGGUUUCAGAGUGAAGUGCAAAUGGCGCUGCCUCCCUCCCUGCAACCUACCGUCGUGAGGGCACCUGAAUACAUGCCGGACAACACCGCCUGCUAUGCUGCAUGGUACGGCGGCGCCAUCGUGGCUCGCAUUGUGUUCUCUCAGAACCAACACGUAACUCGUGCCGAGUACAACGAGAGGGGGCCUGCAGCCGUGCACCGGAAGAGCAUGUGAUGUGACUGUAGGAAGAUGUGACAGUAGGAGAAUGUGACAGCAGGAGGAUGUGACCGUAGGCGCAUGUAAACGUGAGCGGAUGCAGGGCCUAUUUUUGGAUUUUUACAACUCUGAAUUUUGGGAGUGGUUUUUUUCAUUACUCUGAAAAUCAGA